UUGUUUUCCACAUGCAUAGCAACUUGGUAACAGCAAAAUGAUAAUGAAUAGAUCAUGCAGUUCUAAUGCAUAUUUUUGGCUUAUGAGUUUCUUCAUUUUGAGUGUGGCUGUAAGGUCCCAAUUGUCCCCAUAUUUUUAUGCAAAAACAUGCCCUGAUCUUUUUGGAAUAGUGAGAAGAGAGGUCCAAAACGCUCUGAAAAAUGAGAUGCGAAUGGGUGCUUCUUUGCUUCGGCUUCACUUCCAUGAUUGCUUUGUAAAUGGUUGUGAUGGUUCAAUUCUACUGGAUGGAGAUGAAGAUAGUGAGAAAUUUGCUGCUCCUAACUUGAAUUCUGCUAGAGGAUUUGAAGUUAUAGAUAGAAUCAAAAGUUCAGUGGAGAGUGCAUGUAGUGGAGUUGUGUCCUGUGCUGAUAUAUUAGCCAUAGCUGCUAGAGACUCUGUUCAACUGAGUGGAGGUCCCUUUUGGUUUGUUCCGCAAGGACGGAGAGAUGGAUUAGUCUCAAACGGGACAUUGGCAAAUAUUUCAAUUCCCGCUCCAACUGACACAUUAGAUACCAUCAUUUCCAAGUUUAAUAACGUUGGCCUUGAUCACAAAGAUGUUGUUACUUUAUCAGGUUCACAUACCAUUGGGCGAGCAAGGUGUGCCUCAUUUAGCAAAAGAUUGUUCAAUUUCUCCGAAACAGGAGCACCAGAUGAUACUAUAGAAACUGACACACUUACUGAAUUGCAAAACUUGUGCCCAGAAAGUGGAGAUGGGAACAUAACUAGUGUGCUAGACCAAGACUCAGCGGAUCAAUUUGAUAACCACUACUUCAAGAACUUGCUCCAUGGAAAGGGUCUCCUUGGCUCUGACCAGAUUCUGUUUUCGAGUGAGGACGCCACCGCAACUACUAAACCUUUGGUCCAGUUUUAUAGCGAAAAUGAAAGGUUUUUUCUUAUGGAGUUUGCCUAUGCCAUGGUCAAAAUGGGGAACAUAAACCCGCUAACUGGUUCUGAGGGAGAGAUUCGAAAGAACUGCAGAGUCGUUAAUUCUUAAUAUCUGCUGCAGGUUACAGAAAAAAUAUAAGAACUAGGAACAAAUGAAGUAUUCAACUUAUAAUGUGUAUUUCAUAGCCAAAACAUUAUAGUUAUUAUCAGUGAUCUUCACUCUUGUGCUGUAUUUUGCAUGAAUAAAUUUGAAUAAAACUCUUUUCUUCUA